AUAAUUUCUUUCCUUUUCUCUUCUUCGACUUCUUCGCUCGCCUGUUCUCCUUCUUCUUUCUUCCCCCUUCCUUCUCCUUCUACGUUGCGCCGCCGCCUUUCUCCCGGCGGAGACGAAGUCCGCCGCCGCCCCCGCUGGAACAUCGUUUCUUCCGCCUGUGGUCGCCCCCGCCGUCAUUUCAUUGUUCUUUGGUUGAGCGGGGUGGAAUGUGUUUUUCGAAUUCGUUUUAAACAAAUUCGGUAUAACCGGCCUACCGAAAAUUGCACAUAUUGAAUUUUCGGUAUAUACCGUACCGGUGUCCGUAGAAAUCUUCACAUAAAGCUGAAACAAAGCAGCGAAUCUUCUAAAGAACAACCUUUUAAGUGUAUGCAGCUAUACAGUAAACAAUAAAACGAAAAGAUAAAAGGAUGUACGAAGGUGUUGUGAGACAAUCGAUAUUUGGAUAUUUGGGACAAUGCAUCAAAGGCAUUAAUAAAGAGCAGCUCAGGGAUGCCAUAUGGAAUGUUCCAAACGCAUGGCUUUCCAGUGCGUUAGCCCCUGUGUGGGUAUCCAGAGCUUUGAUGGAUUUGAAACAAGAUCCUGUGUUGGCAAUGAGGUUAUUCAAGUGGGCUGAAACCCAGCCUGGGUUUCGACUUGCAGCGGAGAACUAUUGUAUCCUUGCUCAAAUUUUAUUCUGUUCAAGAAUGUAUGCUGAUGCUCAUAGUGUUCUAAAACAAUUGGUUACGUUGCAUAGAAGCAAUAGAAUAAUUGCCGUACCAAAUCCUUGUUGUUCCAUAUUUGAUGUCUUAUGGUUGACAAGGAAUACAUGUACACCUGGUUACGGAGUGUUCGACACAUAUUUUAGUGUUCUAGUUGAGUUAGAAAUGCUUGAGGAAGCUAUGGAGUGUUUCUUGAGGAUGAGAAACUUCAAGGUUCUACCAAAAGCUCGUUCUUGUAAUAUUCUUUUGCAUAAGUUCUCAAAUGCCUCAAAUGGAGCAUUGGCAAAGAGAUUUUUCAGUGAUAUGUUUGAGGCUGGAAUAGCACCAUCAGUUUAUACUUACAACAUAAUGAUUGGUAUUUCAUGUAAAGAAAGGGACUCGAAAGAUGCAAGAAGCUUGUUUCAAAGGAUGAAGGAAAUGGGUAUCCUUCCAGAUAUUGUUACUUAUAAUUCACUUAUAGAUGUUCAUGGGAAGCUAGGGGAGUUGGAUGAAGCGGUUUGCAUAUAUGAAGAGAUGAGAAUAGCAGGGUGCUCUCCCGAUAUUUUUACAUACAAUACAUUGGCUAAUUGCUUUUGUAAAUACGAAAAUUUACCCAUGGCAUUCCAUUUUCUUAGGGAGAUGAAGGAAAAAUCUAUUAAACCUGAUGUCGUAACUUAUAGUACAUUUGUUGAUGCUUUUUGUAAAGAAGGAAUGCUGGGGCAUGCUAUUAAGUUUUUUGUUGACAUGAGGCGUGUUGGUUUGACACCUAAUGAAUAUACUUAUACUUCUUUGAUUGAUGCUAGCCUUAAGCUUGGAAAUAUUGAUGAUGGACUGAAGUUUGUAAAAGAAAUGUUUGAAGCUGCUCUGAAGUUGAAUAUCGUCACCUAUACAGCAUUAAUUGACGGCCUAUGCAAAGGUGGGAAGAUGCUGGAAGCAGAAGAAGUAUUUGAGGCUAUGCAGAAAGAGGGGAUUGUUCCGAAUGAGAAAACACUUACAGCUUUAUUACAUGGGUACCUUAAAGCUAAAAGGGUGAAUGAUGCUCUUAGGAUUCGGGAGAAAAUGAAGGAGAAUAACAUCCAACCAGAUUUACUUGUUUAUGGAACUAUGAUUUGGGGGCUUUGCAAUAGUGGAAAGUUCGAUGAUGUGAAUGAGUUGCUGGAUGAAAUGAAGCAGAAUAAUAUAGAACUUAGUGCAGUGAUAUAUUCGACACUCAUUGAUUGGUAUUUCAAGGCAGGAAAAAGCUUAGAGGCUCAGAACCUACUUAAGGAAAUGAAGGAACAAGGUAUGGUUCCGACAAUUGUGACUUAUUGCAUGCUUAUUAGUGGCUUGUGCAGAGAGGGAUAUAUUGAGGAGGCAACAACUUAUUUUGAUUAUAUGAAAAGUGCUAAUUUGCAGCCUAACAUCAUUGUUUAUACAUCGCUGAUUGAUGGUUUUUGUAAAAAUGAAUGCCUUGACGAUGCUGAGAAACUAUUCCUAGAAAUGUCUGAAAAGGGCAUGAUUCCGGACCAAAUUUCUUAUACAUCUUUGGUUGGUGGAUAUAUGAAGAUCGGGCGCAUUCAGGAAGCCUUGGAAUUGGCAAAGCAAAUGACAGAAUCUGGUUUGAAAUUUGAUCUUGUUAUGUACACAACUUUAAUCUCUGGGCUUGUAAGAUGGGAUGAACUUCAGCAGGCAAGAGAUUUGCUUGAUGAGAUGAUCGAAAAAGGUGUUGAGCCAGAUGAGAUUGUGUAUGCUUGUCUGAUACGUAAGUAUCAUGCUCUCGGAAAUAGGAAAGAAGUUGAUUUUCUACUAAAUGAAAUGAUGGAAAAAUGCCGUGCUCCUAUGAAAACCGAGCUGUUGCUGAAUAAAAUCUAUAAUCAAGUGGAGUGAUUGCAAAGGUUCGUGCGCUUAUUGUUUGGGAGCUUCUGGAUGACUUCACAAACCUGAGUUGGCUUGAACGGACUAUAAAGCAUGGGAGUAUGACCACACUCUCUCUGUGUAUGGAGCUUUCUUUUGUGGAGAUAUGGUGGUGGUGUCAGCCACUUUUGCAAAUGUCCAUGGAAACUAUUUGAGAAAGUUUUUCCUGGAAGCAACACAAGCUGUACUUUGCAACUGGGCUAAAAGUGCUGAGCAAUACGAUGAAAUAGUCAAGUUUCUUUUAUGGUUGCCAAGAAUCUUGGUGGUGCUGUGCUGCCUUGGUGGCUUACGAGAAUGUGAUUGGUGCUAGGAGGGCAUUAUGCAGAAUCAUGUCUUCCAUUGAGCAGAAAUAGAGAGUCUGUAUAAAUGAUAAUCUGCGGGGAUCAAUCUUCUGUAAUACUUUGGUAAGAUUGAGGCUAUGUAAUAGAAUUUUAAGGCUUCUCGGGAGCGAUUUUUAUUCCUUCUGCCUCAUCCUCUGAGUCCAAGAAUGUUGCUGUGUCAGUGGAUCAGGCUGGGGCUUGCAGUAAAUUCUCUGUUUUCUGUUUGAGAUACGUUACUCCCCAGACAGCACUUGCAAAACUCGCAAAAAAGGAUGAUGCUGGGGAUGUGAUCUAGGGAAUCAAGAAAGGCAACUGGACGAUAUUGAUGAAUAUACUGCCAAGAUUUGAUUUGUAUUUCAGGAGAAAUCCCUUUCGGAGGGGAGUACAUGGUUUGGAGGAGUGGAUUAAAUUAAUUGCUAACUUUAGAUUUACAGAGGAUGAAAUUGCUUUUAUAAAGCGUCGUUGCCGCCUUCAUGUGAGGUAUUGGUUGUAUACUUACUUUCCACUGUGUUCAUCUCCAUGAGUGCAAGUUUCUGAGAGAAACAUACGAUUAUUUGUGUUGAGGUCAAGCAUGAGAUAUGUGUGUGGUAUUCGGAAUGGAACACUAGUGUAAAACGAAAAUUAAAAUUGGAACUCAUUUUUCCUAUCAUAAUUCUACUUGCAUUAAAUUUGACCUCUUUGUAUUUUAUCGAAAGCAUGUUAUUUUUGUAUCCGGAAAAAUGUUGAUUAGGAAAUUUGCAUUAAAGUUAUCAUGUGUUUACAUGACAACUGUACUGAAAGUUCAGAUAUGUUGGCUGAUGAAUGUCUGGCUCUAGGAUGGCUUUUUUGAUUAUCUUUGAGGAUUGGAUUGUGAGGAUAUGGAGAUACAUACAAUUUCUGAAGGAUAUGUUGUAUUUCCCAAGAUACCUAUGAUGAGGAUUGAGGGGCCAGUAACUCUAAGUACCUCUUGGACGGCACAUUUUGGAUCUGUAUUAUUUAACCCCAAUACAUAUAUAUAUAUAUACAUAUUGUCUAUCUUAUUAAUAAUAUUUGUAAUUCUUGGUAACUAACGACAGUUUUUCUGUUAAGGUGGUUCAACUCCUCGAAAUUUCUCUUGUCAAUCUCAUAAAUUAUGCAUCCUUAGUAGCGACAAAUGCUGCACGCCAUCGUUUCGUUGCUGAGAAGUCUAAGCUUCUUCUUGAAUUUGGAUUGCGGAGGGCACAAGGCCCUGAUGGGGUAUAGGAGCAUCAAAAUAUUGCUAAUAGGGCGGAUUUGAUGCCACAAGCAACAUGGCUCCUGGAAAAUUAUUUGGAAUACCACUCCGGGGAACACAUUCUCAGGCGUUUGUCAGCUCAUUUAUGAGCCCUGAUGAGAUUACUGAGAAGUCACUUCUGAGCAAGGAUAGAUCAAAAAUUUGCUCCGACUUUGUUAGUUUGGUGCAGACAUGGUUAAGGGACUUGAAGGUUUGCUCUCCCGGAGUAGAAUUAGCCAUUGCAGGUGCAGCAUCCUUUUGCGAAGCUGUGUUCAUCUUUGCGAUUGAUUUUUUUCAAGAAUUCCAUCUAAAGCAGCUGAUUUUCCUCGGAAGAUUAACUCGUUCCAGGUUGUCCGGAUACUCUAAAUUUCGAGCUCCCACACAGCAAGAACACUAUUGUUUUUUAGAAGAACUCGCCAUUGGACUAUCAAUUCCACAAUACUUCUUGGUAUCACCUAAAUCAUCUCGAACCAUUGUAAAAUUUCAUUUCAAAUAGCUGACAUUGUAAAUCACAAUGUGGGUUUACUUGUGAGGUUUUGCUUCUUAUUUAUACUA